AAUAAAAGAUGACUGUCGCCCUGAAUGUGAAUACACUUUCACAGAGAGGAUGUCUGGCAAAAAAAAACAAAACAAGCGGCACUGCCAACAUUGUUCCUCUCAGUGUGUACACACUGUGAGCUCGUUCAGUGCGUUCACUCCCGACGCCUGUUUCUUCCGUGGUUUAUGACUUUCUUUCGUCUCUCUGAAUAGAAUAAGUGGGAAAGAUGUUUUUCAUUCUGUCGGUGGUGUCUUUCAUGAACCUGCUGUGUGGUUACCAUGUCCUCGGUUGUGUUAUGAACUGUACACAUAGAAGUGAGGUAAGACCGUCCAGACUGGUGGUGAAGUACGGUGACCCGGCCUCAGCCGUGUGCUCUCUGUGUCAGUCUUGCCAGAGCAAAGAGCUUCGUCUGGAGGUUUCACUCGGACACAAGACGGGGAAUGCCACUGUGUGUCUGUGGAGCGUGGACAGAAUGACUGAGUGGGACACAAGCGCCCUGUGCUACUACACUGACCUGUCUGCACGCAUGUGCUGCACUUAUCUGCCUGUGACUGUUUACAAGCCUCCAGACAGUGUGUCCAUCAGCUUUACAAACCUCUCUGGCCCGAUGUUUGAGGGUCAUCAGUACACUCUGCAGUGUGAAGUGCACAACGUUGCUCCAGUUGCAAACCUCACCGUGACCUUCUACAGAGGGUGGACGUCUCUGGGUCAACGACACUCAGACAGCUCAGUUUUGAAACCAGUGACUGAGGUCUUCACUCACAACUUUAAUGCCACUGGAGAAGAUGAUGGAGUUCAGUUCUGGUGUCAAGGCGUUCUGGAACUGGGACCUGAAGGACCACAGCACCCCCCAGUGGUGAAAUCACGAAACAUUACUGCCACGGUCCACUAUAAGCCUCGGCAGGUGGAGUCACCGCGUCCAGGUCCCAUCAUUGUCACAGAGGGAGACUCUCUGCAGCUGAACUGCUCUGCUGUGGGAAACCCCAGCCCCUCAUACCGGUGGGAGCUGCCGCAACCCACUCAUCGCCACGUCACGGGUGACAGUCACGUCAUCAACUCUAUAACUUCUAAGGAUGAAGGCUGGUACGUGUGUCGUGUCAGCAAUGAUGUGGGAGCCUUCAGUGUUUCAUUUGAGGUGGUCGUCAAAGGUUUGGAGUUAACCAGCGCACCACAAUCAAGCACAACUUCAACAAAAGCAACCACCACAAAGACAACAGUCGUACCUGAUAGCAGUACAAGCAUCACACCGACACAUGGCUUUAUAAUGUGUGUGCUGCUGUUCUUCUCUGCUGUGAUUUGACUUCAUACUGAAAAAAUGAACAGUAUGUAUGUCAAUAACAUGUAAUCAAAUGCCCCCAAAGUAACACAUACAUUUACAGUAAAUGGCUGACUAACUACUCAAGCA